CUGAAUUACGUACCAAAAAAAAAACUUUUUCAAACCGCUCUUGCAAAAAAAGAAAUAUCCCACGGACUUUGGCAAAAUAGAUCCGAAUUAGUGAAAAUUGGCAAAUCUCUGUCUAUCCGAAAGAAGCUCCAUCCCAUCUCCGACCGCCAUUCCUCUACGUGCCAAAGUUAUUUAAGCUCUGGUCAUGGUUCCUGAGGUAGAUCCAGAUGAUCAUGCUCUGAUGAUUGAAGAAAAUCAUCCGCAUACGAUGCUAAUUGAUCCAAAAAGAGAUCGCUUUCCGUGCUGCAUUGUAUGGUCACCACUUCCUGUCCUGUCUUGGUUUAUCCCCUUUAUUGGGCAUAUAGGUAUUUGUAGGGAGGAUGGCGUAAUCUUGGACUUUGCAGGCCCAAACUUUGUGUCUGUUGACAAUUUCACAUUUGGGGCACCAACGCGCUAUUUCCAAAUAAGCCGAGAGCAGUGCUGCUGCAUUUCUCCUUAUUCAGCUGAUGAACAUACGGGUGAAUAUGCCCAGAACCAUGAUGAAACUGGAAGCAAUGUUGACACUUGGGAAUCUGCCUUACGGAAGAGCAUUCAAGAAUUCCAACACCAAUCUUACAGCAUUUUCACUUGCAACUGCCACUCAUUUGUAGCUAAUGGUUUAAACAGGCUGGGGUUUCAGGCUGGUGGAUGGAAUGUAGUCAACUUGGCCAUUUUCAUUUUUCUCAAGGGACGUUGGGUAAAUAAAACAUCUAUUGUUAAAACCUAUUUACCGCCUCUCGUUGUGCUUGGUUUAGGACUCAUCUUUGGAGGAGGGACUUUCCUUACUUACCUGAUGAUUUUCAUGUUUGUUCUUAUUGGUUGGUUUCUCCUCGGUACAUACUGUUUCAAGAAGUUAAUCCAUGUGUAGUCUGACACUUGUAAUUUUGGACAUGAUACAAGUAACUUGUUUAGUUAUAAUGCUCAUGUCUUAGAGCUGGUAACUUCAGAAAGGUACUCAGUUGGGAAAGCUGGCUUCUGUUCCGCUUAAAAGAUUUUUGAAAGUGGUUGUUUCUUGUUCUGUUGAGACUUGAUGUAGUAGAGGCUUGAACUUAUGUGAUGUCCCAGCAGGGACAAGAGGCUUGAAUUUUUGGUCCAG